AAAAAAAAAAAACAACCCAAAAAAGCAAAAGCGCGUUUAAAGUUUUGAUCUUUUCUUCCUCAAAUUCGGUUCUUAACCUUUGUUCUGAGCUUCUUCCUGGUGGAAUAAUUAGAGAUAUUCUGUAAAUUUGUAAUGUCGUUUUGAGUAAAAUCAUGAGCAAGCCCGACCCGGAUCCGAAACCGCCUUCAGGAUCUUCCACCGAGAAGGAUCCGGUAGCCGAUCACGUCACCGAGGAGCUAAGUGAUGAUCUCAGGAAUGUGGGUUUGUCGGAUGAAGCUACGGAAGAGCUGAGCGUGCCGAUUAAUGUCUCUGAAGGUGAUGGAGAAACGGAUCAGAAGGCGGAGGAUGAGGAUGAGGAGGAAGGAAGAGAGCGUGUGGAGAAGAGAAUGAUGGUUUAUCCCGUGAGACCUGAUGCAGAGGAUUGCUCCUUUUAUAUCAGAACAGGGAGUUGCAAAUACGGAUCGAGUUGCAAGUUUAAUCACCCUGUCCGAAGGAAGCUCCAAAUUGGUAGGGAGAAAGUAAAGGAAAAGGAAAGGGAAGAGAAUGUGGAGAAUCCGAGGCUCAUGGAGUGCAAGUACUACUUCAGGACUGGAGGGUGCAAAUAUGGAGAGACUUGUAGAUUCAGCCACACUAAAGAACACACUCCUCUGCCCUCACGGCCAGAGCUUAACUUCCUCGGUCUUCCUAUCAGACCGGGAGAGAAAGAAUGUCCUUUCUACAUGCGAAAUGGUUCCUGCAAGUUUGGAGGUGACUGCAAAUUUAAUCAUCCGGAUCCUACUGCUGUUGGAGGAGUUGAUUCUCCUUUGUUCCGUGGUAACAAUGGUGGAUCAUUUGCCCCAAAGGAUGCACCACAAGCAAGUUCAACUUCUUGGUCCUCACCGAGACACAUGAAUGGGACUGGUACUGCUCCUUUUAUUCCAGUCAUGUACUCACAGAAUCGUGGAGUUUCACCUCAAACUCCAGAGUGGAGUGGAUAUCAGGCGCCUUCUGCCUAUCCACCAGAAAGGAAUAUACUUCCUCCUUCUACAUACUCGGCUAACAAUUCAUUGGCAGAAACUAGUUCAUUCUCACAACUCCAAUCUACUGAGGAGUUUCCAGAACGUCCGGAUCAGCCAGAGUGCAGUUAUUAUGUUAAAACUGGGGACUGUAAGUUCAAAUAUAAAUGCAAAUACCAUCAUCCCAAAAACAGAUUGCCGAAGCAAUCUCCAUCCUCUUUCAAUGACAAGGGCUUACCCCUAAGACCUGAGCAGAGCAUGUGCACACACUACAGCCGCUACGGCAUCUGCAAAUUUGGUCCAGCUUGUAGAUUCGAUCAUUCUAUACCGCCUACAUUCUCGUCCACCAGCUCCCAAACCGUAGAAACUCCUCAACUCGGAGGCAACGGAAAUGAAAACGACGGCUGGAAUUGAAACCACGUGUUCAGAAGCCUCCGUAAGGGAUAGUUUCUGGUUUUUUUUUUAUCGUAGGCUUUUUAAGUUCUUAGGAUCAAAACGAUGUUUCUGGUUUUGGAGUUUAUAAAGAAAACAUUUAGGUAAAUUAUAGUCUCCAAACUAUAUAUCUAUCUGGCAAAUUAGUCUUGUUUUUCGUGAAUUUCGCUAAAUAAGUUUUUGUUCUCUGGCUUUAACUGUAACUAAGGUUCAGUCUAAUGGAAGCUUGACUUCUUUCCU